AUGGCUGAUAGGAGUCCUCUGUUUCUGCUGCUCAUCUUCUGGACACUCAGCACAGGUGUGUUUGGAGCAGGAGAGACUGAUGUGUUCAGCAGAUCUGGAGAAACUGUUCAUCUGCUCUGUAGAAAUACUGUUCAGUACUGCAGACCAUCAGAAACUGUAUGGCUCUACAGCAGUUACAGACAGAGAGAAACACUGACACCGACUGUUGAACUGAUUACUUUAGGGGUAACGAAGAAAGACACAGGGAAACAUGAGAGACUGAAUCUGGGCUCUGACUGCUCUCUGAUCAUCAGUAGAGUCACAACAGAAGAUGCUGGACGUUACAUCUGCCAACAGUGGACAGGAGACAAGAAAGAUAGACUUUAUGCACAGGUUUCCAUGUAUCUGGAUGUUGUUGCUGCUAAAACUCAAACAACAACAACAACAACAACAACAACAACAACAGCAGCAGCAGCAGCAGCAGCAGUGACUCCAGACCACAACACAAACACUUCAGUAUCUUCUUCAGCAGCAGUGAGUGUGAUUGUUGCUGUCGUCGCUGUGUUUGCUCUUCUGUUUUCUGCUCUUAUUGUCUGGCUGAUUCACAACAGAUUAGCAGAUACAGAAGAAGAGGACUGUGACUCUUCUCUGCUGACGUCUGUGGUGUUUUCAGAGACUCCAGCAGAAAACAUGUGGAAGAGAAUGAAAUAUUCAGUCUAGAGUUCAGAGCUGAUGGAAAUAAACUCAGCAGCUGAAGUGGAGAUGUUUGCAGCUUUCAGAGGUUUUAUUCAUGUUUUAUUGAGUUGUUUAGCUUUGUUCACUGUUCUUUAUAUCAUUGAUAAUCUCAUCGUGUGAUCAGAGAAUUGGCUGAUUUAGUUUGAUGUCAACAUUAAUAGUUUGGCAGAAUCUCAGUGUCUGCUGUGCUGAUUGUGUUUCUUUUGUUUGAUCAUUUUACUUUAAUAUGUGUGUAUUGCGGGCGUCAUGGUGGGUAGAACGAUCGCCUCACAGCAAGAAGGUCGCUGGUUCGAGCCUC